AUGGCAACAGCAGGACCCAACAGCGCUUCGGCCAAUGGCCCGACAGCGAACGUGGCGCCUGCCAAAGGGGGCAAGAUUCUUGUGUUACCUGGUGAUCACAUAGGUCCAGAAGUUGUGACCGAAGCACUGAAAGUCCUGGACAUUGUCGAGCAAGCAACAGGCGCCAAGUUCGAACGAGACUUUGACCUUUGUGGUGGAUGCUCGUUAGACAAGCAUAAGGACUCCGUGACAGAAGAAGUUCUGCAGAAAUGUGAGAAGGUCGACGCUGUCUUCUUUGGGAGUGCGGGCGGUCCGGAAUGGGGCACUGUCCAGCCAAAUCCGGAGAGUGGGUUGCUUAGGAUCAGGAAGAGGAUGCAGAUCUUCGCCAACCUGAGGCCGUGCAAGUUUGCGAGUAAGACGAUGGUCGACUGGUCACCCAUCAAACGCGAGAUCAUCAAGGACGUCGACUUCAUGCUCAUCCGCGAGAACUGCGGCGGAGCAUACUACGGCGACAAAGUCGAGACCGAAGACUACGGCCGGGAUCCAUGGGAGUACUCACGACCUGAGAUCGAACGAGUUGCCCGUGUCGCCGGAGCUCUGGCUCUACAACACGAUCCACCCCUGCCCGUCUUCAGCGCUGAUAAAGCAAACGUGCUGGCCAACUCACGAGUCUGGAGACGGGUAGUCACCGACGUCUUCGCCAAAGAAUUCCCUCAAGUCAAGCUACGGCAUCAGCUUGCAGACUCCCUGGCUAUGCUCUUCAUCACCAAGCCAACCGCAUUCAAUGGCAUAAUCGUCACCGACAACACCUUCGGAGACAUCCUCUCGGAUGAAAGCGGAGGCCUCACAGGAUCGCUGGGGUUGUUACCAAGCGCAAGCUUGGCUGGAGCGCCAGGCACCGACUUGGGUCGCAACAGUGUUGGGGGAGUUAUUGGGCUGUAUGAGCCAGUCCACGGAUCUGCUCCAGAUAUCAGUGGGAAAGGCCUCGCCAAUCCGGUCGCACAGGUUCUCAGUCUGGCGAUGAUGUUGCGGUAUUCGUUCAAUAUGCAUCAUGAAGCUGAUGCGAUCGAGGAGGCGAUUGCCAAGGUCCUGGAUUCGAAGGCGGAUGGUGGGUUGGAAGUGCGCACGGGUGAUCUAGGUGGGGAGGCUACGACGAAGGACAUGAGUGAGGCUAUUCAGGCGGAAGUCAAGCGGUUGCUGAGGGUAUAG